AAAAAGCUGGGUUUGGAUUCUCCCCUCUUUGAAGAGUUCUCAGGAAGUUUGGGGGAGGGGCGAGCCACGCUCCUCUGUCCUACCGGCAUCGGUCGCCGGAGGGUGAGGAGGGAAGACAGCAGCAUCAGGUCUCAUUGCUGUCAGGUCCAUACCCUCGAGCGGGCUCUGGGUGCUCCUGGCAGGGUCCUCAGGGCUCAGUCGAGGGGCCUCGGGCUGAGCGCACGAGCAGGCAUGGAGGGACUGGUCCUCCUCAACGCCCUUGCCACCCGUCUGCUGUUUGUGCUGCACUCGCUGGUCGGGGUUUGGCGAGUGACCGAGGUGAAGAGAGAGCCGCGGUACUGGCUGCUCGCGCUGCUCAACCUCUUGCUCUUCCUGGAGACUGUGCUUACCCUCAAGUUCAAGCGUGGCAGAGGAUACAAAUGGUUUUCACCAGCCAUAUUUUUAUAUCUGAUUAACAUCGUUCCAUCAUUAUGGCUCCUUGAAAUGCAUCAUGAGACCCAGCAUUGCGAUCUUCAAUCUGAAGAACUGUCACAGAAUAUCACCAGAAGAAAAGACGCUGAUCACACCCUGAUGUCUAAGGAGCAAAUCAAUGGAGUAGAUGAUAUCAUUCAGACGGCCAAAGUUUUUGUAAAUAACUUAUCUACAGUAUGUGAGACGGUUUGGACUUUGGGACUCCAUCAGACAUUCCUGUUAAUGCUAAUAAUUGGAAGAUGGCUUCUACCUAUUGGAGGUACCAUUACUCGCGACCAACUUUCAGAACUUCUUCUUAUGUUUGUGGGAACAGCUGCUGACAUACUGGAAUUUACAAGUGAGACUCUGGGAUUAAAUAGUGUGAGGAAUAACCCUGCACUAGUCUGUGUCAUUCUUGUUAUAUGGACAUGGAGUAUGUUGCAGUUUCCACUUGACCUGGCAGUACAGCACGUCGUGUGCCCCUUGUCUGUGACAGCGCGGGGAUUUGUCAGCCUGUUCUUCUGCCAGUACAGUGCCGAUUUGUGGAACAUCGGAAUCAGCAUCUUCAUACAAGAUGGGCCGUUCCUCAUUGUGCGACUCAUACUGAUGACCUAUUUCAAAGUGAUAAAUCAAAUGCUGGUGUUCUUUGCCGUGAAGAAUUUCCUCGUGGUGGUGUUGCACCUCUAUCGCCUGGUGGUGUUGGCAUUGGGAGUCCGUGCUUCCUUGAGGCAUCAGUCAGAGGGCCCCAAGCCACAGCACAGUUACCAGGCUCCACCCUCUGAGAGUGGGCUCAGGGACUGGGAUUGUGGGUCAAAGGAGGGCCUGGCUAUUCCUCUGCAGGCCUCCCCGGUCACCUCCGACGACUCCCAUCUGACACCAUAGUUAUUUAUUCCCAGAAGCAUACAGCUACAAGUUUUGACUCUUGGAUUCUCUUUACAGACAUGUUCUCCCUCUUCUUUUCUCCCCAUCUUGGCAUAUAAUAAUUUUCAAAGAAACAACAUGAAAAUGUGAUCUUAAGUCAAAGCAGAAGAAUUUUCUUUUUUCGACAGAAUGGAAGGAGCUUUGAUUAGGGGCUAUGGCUACAACUUCCAUGUGAUGGUAUCAGAUGUUAUAGUUGUUCAAUGGCUAAGUGAUUUGUUUGUGUUGAACUGUUUGAAAAGCUAUGGACAGGGUUGCCGUGACAUGCCCUGGAAAGAUUUAGUGCAGACAAACUGUCGCGGCUGUUACCUGAAAAUAUAGAAGCUUUGAACUUUGGCUCCAUUGUCAGACUAUCUCGUCUAAUCUUUUCCGCAAUGUCCCUCUGACAUCAAAAAAUGUACAUUCAGUGAAUGCAGAACAAAUGAGGGAAAAGUGCCUUUAAAAUUACCUCAUUGUGGGCUGGAAGCAGUGAAAAAUCUCUGCCCAGCUUCCAUAUCAUAGAGAGCCGUAUUCAUCGCUGCACAGGCCUUCCCAGGAAAAUCAUUUUUCUAGGCUGAUGUGGUAUUCUGUCAUGGCGCAUAUGCUCUUACAGAAAUUUUAUUGCUUUUGGCUUGGGUACUACAAAAUUCACAGCAAGCCGUUUCGGUUACGUAUCUACUGGUUGCAAGGCAGGAAAUACUGGUAAAAUGCUAGCACAGUCACAAUUUCCACUCCGAAUACGAUUUGCAGUAUUCAUCAAUGUUUUUCUGAACCCACUUCACCGUUUUCUAUAUUGCCAAGUCGCAUCAUGUGAGCUGAAGCAGGGAAGCUCGGGAGCCGUGAAUAAAGGUGUUUCGGACCCUUAAGUGUUACCAUGGUUUCUGGUGUCUGCCAGCAGCCGCAAACAUAACUGCAGCUCCUUCGAACUACCACCACUGAAAAUGACUGGCUUUGGUCUCCCGAGUGGGGAUGGAAGGUUGCAUCAUCCCCACCCACUGGCCUUGAUGAACACUGGCGGCAGUCGCAACUUGCCCCUGCAUCGUGGGAAUCAGGAAAUGCAGUCCUUUUGCCCACAUUGGGACUUCGUUUUUCCACUAUUAAAAUAGCCAUUCUUUCCCUUUAUAUAUCUCUGUAUUCUAGAUGAACCUUUUAAAGUGAUUGUUGCAUUUAAAGAUAUAGUGUAAAAUUUUACUUGGUCGUAUAGCAAUAAUUAUUUGAAGCAAACAAUUCCAAAACCGUUCUUUGAGGGUUCAAAGCAUAAUUCUUCCUAUGCUAGUAUGCUCAGGAAUUCAAAGGGACACUUAAGGCAGAGUGUGCACUUAAUUGGUUGUUAUAUGUUGACAACUGACAAUUUUAUGUACAAAUCUCUGUGUGACAUGAUAUCCAUUUAAAUAAUUUGAUAAAAGGUUUUAUAGACACUUUCUGGUUUUAUGCUGACCAAUGUAUAUUUUCCAAUAAAUUCUAUUUCUUUUCUUCCUUGUGCUUCUAUUUUUAACCACAUGAUUGUAAAAUUAUACAUGAACAGAAUACACAUUUAUAAUUUUGCACAAUAAUUUUAUACAAGUUAAGAUCAGGAAAUUAUAUUUAUAUGAAAUACAGAACUUGACAACUUUUAAGGGCAUGUUAUUUAAAUUGCUUAGCAAUGGAAAGCAAAAUAAUAACUGCUAUUUAUAAAAAUGCCUCAGCAGAAUCUGUUUCUAUGUUGACUAUUUUAUGUUGAAUACUUUCUUCCACAACAUGUAUGUGCUGCUUAUUAUUGCAGAUUUGCCCAUGGCAUACUUUUCAUGUUUUAAUUUUUUUCUUCCAGCAAAACAAACAUUGAGCCUCUAAAAAUAGAUAAAGUAUAAAGUAGUACGGCUGUUGCGAAGAUAUUUUUAAGUGCUUUCAAAUCCGAGACUUGGCUGGGUUUCUGAAUGAGUUUCUAGUGUUUAAAUAAAGUAUUUUGUAAUUAGCACUCCUCCAAAGGCCUGGGAAAGAAAAAGCCUGUCCAAAAAUCUGGUUUUAUUUAGAGUGCCAGGAAGUCAAAGAGCACCAGGACCAUCUAGGCAAUUAAUGGUGGCAAAAAUAGAUACACGCUUUGCAAGUUUUCCCAGGAAAAUCUGCUAAGGCCGGCCUUUGUUAACCUAAUUGCCAAUACGCCCACUCCUGUAGACUGGCUGCUUUUGCAGUAGGGAAAAUAAAUCUAUAUUUGUUUAGUUAAUUUAAAAAGAGCCCUAAGUCCAGGUUUUAUCACUGAUGAAAAGUUAAAAAUUUAUUCAUUUAACGGUAUAUUUUUAUUGUAAACUGCUAAACAUUGUAAUGUUUGAAAACUUCCAAGUGUUUGCUGUACAGUAGCUAGACGUCACUUAUUUCCCAUAUGUUGACAUCCUGGAACUUGUUUCCAGUUUAUUUCUAAUAAGAUAACCCUCUCACAUCAUCUAUAUAGUGUGACACAAGUUGUGUUGUCUCCCAACCCCAGACAUACAGCACAUUCCAAUUCCCAACCACUGAAGAAAGGGGUUUAUUUGUUGUUGCAGCUGUGGUUGACAUUGUUGUUAUUUAAUGGUUUGACUAAAGUUCAAUCAAAUGUCCUUCCUACAAACACCAUUUGUAAGAAAACCACAGCUUAUCUGUUUUAAUGAUACUGUGCAGAAACACACCUCAUUACAUCUUCUGUGUUUUCUUUGCCCUUUUUUUGGAUGAAUCUCAGAUGACACGAUGGCAUAGUAAGAUUAGUAAACUGUUUUUAUUUUUUUCUUUAAUUAUUCUGUUAAAUCUUAUUUAAGCUGUUAAGUGAAAACAAAAUAAAAACUUGAAUUGAUCAAAAACGUCCUUUCUAAUUUUUCAGUGAAGAGUCUUAGACAAAUUCACCAGUUGGCUCUGUUGUUCCACUAAACCUUAUAUAGCCAUAAAGAUACAGCCAAGAAAUAACAGAAUUCACUAUUGUUACAUUAGGUGUUAACUUGUUAUUCAGUAGAAACUUUCCAGAGCUCUGGGUUGGCAAGAAUUGGAGAUGCACACUCUAGAUAAUUUCUACCAGGUUUCAGAGUUGAACAUUGAUGCUUAUCAUCUUUGACAUUUAAUAUUGAUAACUCUUAACCAGUUCUCCUGUUAAAAGAGAGAAAAAAAAUUGCAAGAUCCAGGCUUCCAUCUUCAUUCCAUCUACUCCAAGCAAGGCUAGUUAAAACAUUCUGCAGAGCCUCAGAGAUGAAAAAGAAAAACCUGUCUUGAAUUACAACAAAAAAAAGAAAUUUAUUUUUAAUUCCACACUACUUUUUACUUAAGGGACAUUCUGAUUUGCUCUCAGAAAUAUCUGAUUAGGUGUUAAACCAGGCAGCUGGAAGAGUUGUACAGUUUGGAAGCUUCAAAUAACUUUCUGUAUGAUGAGAAUAACUAAACAAUGUUUGAAAAAUUAACUGUUGCACCUUAUAUUUUAUAGGCUUUCAUCCUCAGAAUCUUUCUUACUGGAAUACUGUAUAUUUUCUCUGAGUAUUUAUAUUUAUACUAUUUUGCUAUGAUUGAGCUUUGUACUUUGUUAUAUACAUUAAA